AGAAGAAGGAGAAGAGGGGGAAGGAAGAAAGAAGGGGCUCACAGAGAGUGCACUGUUAGAGGACAGAGAAGCAGGCCGAGUGUCAACAGCCAGCGUAGGUAGGCACGGGCGGACCGCCGGUACAAGUCAGAACGGAGUGAAACAGUCGGCGGCGAAGUUGGAGAUUCACACGUACGAGUUGAGAAGUGUCGUGCGGCAGAAGAGUGUUUGGGCAACAGGCGCCGGUGGCAGCCAGGAAGAAGGCAGCCAAGCCCGAGGAGAUGCUGUGAGGGAGCGUGCCAAGUGAUGGAGCUUAAAACAGCCAGCAGGAGAGCACAAUUAGUCAGAAUGGAUGACCAAGACAGAGUGAGCCAGGCGUCCAGCGUGGCCACCAUUUCCUACUUUCCUGUCACGAAGGAUGGCGACGGCAAGGUGCAAACAUUUGGUAAAAGGUGCCAGGCUGUCAAGAGAGACCCCAACUGCUCAGUGGUCAUCAGAGGAUGGCUCAACAAAAAGGACAGCUCUGGUUUGAAGCUUUGGAAGAGAAGAUGGUUUGUCCUCUCUAACUAUUGUCUGUUUUACUACAAAGACAGUAGAGAAGAAUCUGUGCUGGGCAGCAUCCCACUCCCGAGCUACAAAAUCCUCUUCUGUACACCUCGGGAAUGCAAGAACAGAAAGUUCACCUUCAAGGUGGUGCACCAAGGAAUGCGCUCAUACUUCUUCAGUGCUGACACUCAGGAGGACAUGUUGGGUUGGGUCCGAGCCCUCAGUCAGUCUGCUGCAAUGGAGCCUGACAGCUCAAUGAGCAGGCGUUGUUCGAGCUACCAGGACUUUACACAGAUAGGCGGCAGCAGUGAAUCUGUGGACUUUCCGAAAUCCCCGUCUGAUGAAGAGGGUCUCUCCAGAAAACACAAGCACGUCAGCAGGACUCUGAGCGAACCGAGUCAGCUCAGCGGUGGGAGGAUGGGGAUGUCACAGUCGGAGCGGAGGGAGAGGCGGAGUGGACGUCAGAGGAACAGCAGAACACCCAGCCCCCUCGGCCUAAACACGCCGCCGCAAACCGAAAUUAUGGGAACAGGGUGUUUGACCUCAAGAGGUCAGCUGGGAUCACGACCCCACACGCCGGUGGGAAGGGUCGACAUCCGACCACACGAUGACCUGGUCAUGAUUCCGCAGACCCUGUACUACGCACCUGCCUCACCCAAGCUGGAGUUCAAAUCCACCCCGACCACUCCAGUCACAGAACGGUGGCAAAGCCUGAGCAAGCCUGUACCUACAUAUGGUUCAGUCCAUCAUACACCAAGUGGGCGAAGAACAUUGGGCAAGAGCUACUCUACGGGGGCACAGGCAGACUUACUGCCCCCUUUGCCCCCCACAUCGAGGGCAGCACAUGCUCCCCACCCCCCACACCACCACCACCACCACCAUCACCAUCACCGCAGCCAUUUGUCUGUUUGCGUGCUACCGCCAGCUAUGGCUCCAAAACCUGACCCAAGGGAGAUGCCCCCGGUCCGGCCUCUUGAAAGCGAAGCAGAUGCCGUGCUGACGAGGCUGUGUGGGUGUGAUAAGCUGCUGCAGUCUCUGUCUGUAGAACUGGCCCAGCUGCAAAUGGAUAAGGACAGCGUCCAGUGUGCAUUAGAGGUGUCCAGGCUGCAACUGGAUGAGUGGAAGAGCCCAGGGCCCCGGGCCCACGAAGAAGCACUGACCCAGAAAGCUUUGCUCCAAGAAGAGCUGGUCACAAUCCGGGCCAGAAUGUGUGACGUAUCGCUGGAGAUGGAGCAGGUGUGGGGUCAGUAUGAGAGAAUGGAGAGUGAGCUGUCUGUCAUCCGUUCUCACCUGCAGCACAUCUGCAACUUCGGAAUGCCGCAGGAGCAGUCUCAGGCUCAGAGAGAGCUGUGGAUGAUGGAGGACAUCCUUGCCGGACUGAAGGUCAACAGGGAUCACUUCCGCUUCCUGCUGGGACUGCAGAGACACCACAUGUUCCAGUCCUCAGCUCCACAUCCUGGAUCUCCAGGCUCUCUUACAGAGAGCGGCUUGCCAGCGGAAGUGGACCAAGAGCCACCAGUCCGCCCUCCAUUACCCAAGGAGCUACAGGAAAGUCACCCGACCAGGGACCAGGGCCAUGACUGGACAGAGUCACCGUACGAGGGCAUCUACAGCCACGCUGUCGAUCCUGCACGCAGGAGAGGAAAUAGCCAGCCUGACCUCCUUAAUGUGAAAGCACACAAAGACGCAUCCGAAUUCCAGUCUGGUUCAAAGUGGAUCCCACCAGACACAGCCAGCCAAUCAACCAAGAAGAUGAAGAUGAGUGAGGAGGAGCAGAUUGAGAGGAUAAGGAGGAAUCAGGAGAGGUUGACUAAUAAAAAGAAACCUCCUGUACCUGCUCCGAGCGUCGCUUCCCAGGGUCAAAGUUCAGAAACACGAGACGAGACCCCAUUUCCCCUGAGGGUGACGCGAGUUGUCACAGCUGUGCUGCCCUCCUCGCUCGUGGCCAGGCGCGUUUCCGUUGAGGAUCCCCCGGCCGAACUUGACACUCCACUUCCCGAACAGAUCUCAACUGAGACGCAGAGGCCGGACGAGCCGAGCAGAAAGCUGUUGAACAAGCCGCCCAGGCGGCUGUUGCUGGAGAGCCCCGGUCCAAACCUGUCCUCGGUAGACGUCCACCAGGACCAGGCUGUCAGAAAGACAAGCAGACAGCAAGGAGUGUCCAGGAACUCCAAGAAGGAGACGCAUUCGGAAGUGAACGCGACAGAGGGGACGGAGGCCUCGGGCAGUCGAGUGCAAGACCAAGCAGGUUUAGGAAAUGGAGGUGAAAACGCAGACAUUAGGGCAGCCGAGCGACCCCCUGCCCUCCUGACCCGGGACAUGGACCCCGACCUCUGUCUGACCCCAGAGCAGCGUGAAGCUAAGCUACGGAGGGUGGAGCGAAUACGGGAGAGAGUCAUACGGAGCGCAGCCAGAGAGAGCGCUACUACCCGCAGUCACCUCCCAGUGAGGGCACAGGUGAAGGACGCUCACCAGGUGCCCCCUGACACAGCUAGAAAACAAAGGAUGAAAGCAGGCCACGACUCUCACGGUGGCUACGGAAGCAGUGGAGAUGACCUCAGAAGUUGCAUAGAACUUCCGUUUUCUAGCGUACAAUCUCAGGAUGAGGAGGGGGAACAUCAGCAGCAUGUUAACACAUCUAAAAGUCAGGCCCAGUCUGUGACCAGAACACUGAGCAGCGGGAGAGCAGGGGUUGCCAAAACAAGAAUCAGACAUCCAGAUUCAUCGUAUCACAUCUCAUCUAUCACCGUCUACCAGAAAGAUGGAGGUAAAGGAUUUAUAGGUUCCAAAAGCGAAGAGCAACAAAUGCUUGAAGAACAUCCAACUGAUGAUAAUGAAUGCAAUUCUAAGUCCUCCGAUCUGAGAGCCAAGUGGUUCCUUUCCACCAACCAGUGGCAAGAGUUCAUACCUUUGCAGAUUCCUGGUCUAGAGGACAGAGCUGACGCUGACAACCAAACAGAUUGCACUAAUGACAACACUGAUUCCAAUGAAAUGUCAUCAGCGGUGAGUGAAAGCUUGAAGAAAAUGAAGGAGAACCAUUCCCUUUUCUAUAAGAUUGCAUGCGACAUCAGUAUUUCAGAUUCAGACAUAACAAAGACCGAUGGGAAUUCAAAUGCUCCAGCACCAUCCAAACCGGGAGAGGAACUGUUGAUCACUGAAUCUGUGGCAGAGGAAGUGAGUAGUACCGUCGGGACAUCAUCUGACCAAGAGAGCAAAGACUCCAGUCAACAUUUACCAUCUGAAAAUUCAGCUGAUGUCAAACCUCAGGAUUCAACAGUGGAAAUCCCAGGCAAAGAAAAGGAGACGAGUGUUCAUGAACAGAUCGCACCAGAGGAAUGCAAGGACAACUCGAGGCUUGAAAGUGAGCAGGAAGUUAUAGAACGUAGCGAUGGAGCUCAGGUUCAGGACGUUGAUCAAUGUGCAAAGGCAACAGAGGAACGCGGCGGGCCGAAGGAGUCCGGAGACAGGAAGGAGGACCAAGAGAAAUCUGGAGAUUUGAAGAAAUGCACUAGCUUGAGUGAGGAGAACAAUAAAGAAGAACGAGGUGACAAGCACGCCGUCGCUCUGACCAGCUCUGUGUGCGAUGGCAGAGCUAUGAGUCGGAGUGCCUCGUUUGGAAAGGCGAGAGUCACAGUAUUGAGGACAAGUUUGUAGAAGCAAGAACGGUUAAGGAGCUUAAAGUGAAUGAACUUGAGAAGAACAAGCAAGUACAGUUAAGUGAUUCACUGUGAUAGAAAAUGGCGGAAUUUGGACCUAACGUUGAGUUUUAAUCGUAUGAUGGGAACACUGCAUUUCAGACAUACACAUAAUCUUCAGUAUACUUGAACAUUUCCUUCAUUCAUAAUAUGUGGUUAAACACUGAUGCAGAUACAAUGGAAAGUCUUAAUAUUUCAGCAUAUAUAUAUAUAUAUAUAUAUAUAUACACAUAUACACAUAUAUAUAUAUAUAUAUAUAAUGUAUUUAAGUGUAGUUGCUAUCAAGUACAUGCCCAGUAUAUUUCAGGUAAACGUGUUUGCUCCUCUCUGAAUAUGCACCUAUCCAACUUUAGAUGAUGGCUGCCUUUGGUAAUCCACUGUAACAGAAUGUGUUUUGUAUCUCUGAUAUCCUGAUUAAUAAACAUGCUGUGUCCUACACCAA